AACAAUAAAGUUAUUAAGGUACUAUUGAUUACAUAAUUAAAUAAAUAGGUAUUAUAGUAUGUAUUGAAGGGUUUAGUGGGCAAAACUUAUUGGGAUUCUAAUCUAUUGACUAUGCUCUAUGUAUAAGGCUUCUCUAACAAUACUAUUCAGUACUAGUUUACAGCGUCAUGGCGGCGGGGCUCCUUCUCUGUAUUGCUUGGUAUUACACAAUUAUAGCUGGAUUUUAUACUCUAUAUUGUCCCGUUAUGUACAUAAUAUUCUUCAAUCAUAAACUGUAUAGAAAACUAGUUGAUGUGCUUUUCGCACUUUGGGAGCUAUAUCCAGUGGCACUUUUUCAAUGUUGUUUCGGUAGCCAGUUACAUUUGUAUGGAGAUUAUGUAAAUCCCGAUGAAAAUACUAUCAUUAUAAUGAAUCACCGCACGAGAGUCGAUUGGAAUUAUGUGUGGUUAGCUCUCUAUCAUGCCACACAAAGGAAUUCGAGGGAGGAAGUGUGUAUUUGUAAGGGAGAGUCAUCUAAGACAUUGACAAACAGUAAUUUUUUGGACUUGCUGUCUAGAGGAAAGUCUAAACUUAAGUUUGUUUUGAAAGAUGAGAUUAAAAUGAUUCCUGGAUUGGGUUGGAUAAUGCAAUUAAAUUUUUUUCUAUACGUAAAAAGGGAUUGGCGGGAAGACCAAAUAAAUUUGUCUCAGUUCGUAGACUAUUAUAAAAAGUUACAUUGCGUGUGUCGAUUGGUGCUAUUUCCUGAGGGCACUGAUUUAAGCGAUGCCAAUAAACGACGUAGUGAUAAAUAUGCUGAAGCUAAUAAUUUACCACAUUAUAAAUUUGUCCUGCAUCCACGUACCACAGGAUGGGCAGCCCUCUGUUCACAACUCUGCUCUUCAAAUCUGGCUUCUGUAUAUGACGUUACAGUAGCGUACGAUAGGCCGGCUCAAACUGAAGUUGAUAUACUGCGAGGAGUGAUGCCGAAACAUAUCUACUUUCAUUUUAAACGAUAUAAUAUUGAUCAACUUCCUGAAAAAGAAGAGGCUUUGAAGCUUUGGCUUAAAGAUCGAUGGAAUGAGAAGGAAGCAAGCCUUGCUAAUUUUCAUAAAAACGGUAUUUUUAUAGAUUCUAUAUUAAAUAAAUCGCCAGUUCAAAGAACACUACGAUCAAUGAGUUUUGCAAAAAAAGGAUUUUUAUUUUGGACAAUAUUGGAUAUUAUUUUUUUGUAUGCCUUAUUUAAUAGCAUAAUAUUUCAAUUUUGGGUUAUGUACCAUACAUUCUUAUUUAUAUUUAUAACUUGGUUUUUUGGGGGAUUUCACAAUAUUCAAUACAAAUUAUUAGAUAAACUUAAUGUUUAAUUAAAUAUUUAAUACAUUGUAGAAAAAUACUAAAUUAUAUUGCAAUAUAAAUGUGAAUUCUCAGCAAUGCCAAAGAUAAAGUUCUAGUGUAAUAAAGAUAAGUAUAUAAACCUA